UUGUUUUCUUUUUAAAAAAAAAAACACUGGGAAAAGCAAGUAUGGGUCGUGGAAAGAUCGAGAUCAAGAAGAUCGAGAACGCUACAAAUAGGCAGGUUACCUAUUCCAAGCGAAGGAACGGUCUUUUCAAGAAAGCUCAAGAGCUUACUGUUCUAUGUGAUGCUAAGGUUUCCUUGAUCAUGUUCUCCAGCACUGGCAAAUUCCAAGAGUUCCUUAGUCCUAAUAUCACGACAAAAGGAUUUUUCGAUCUAUAUCAAAAGACUUCAGGGAUUGACCUAUGGAACUCCCACUACGAGAGAAUGCAAGAAAAUUACAGGAGGUUGAAGGAGAUAAACAAGAAGCUGAGAAGAGAGAUCAGAAGGCAGCGGAUGGGUGGGGAUUUGAGUGAACUUAACAUCAAGGAACUGCAAGCUCUUGAGGCUAAAAUGGAUUCUGCCUUGUUGGCUAUACGAGAGAGAAAGUACUAUGCCAUUAAAACGCAAACAGAUAAACAUAAGAAGAAGGUAAGGAAUUUGGAGGAAAGACAUGCAAAUAUUGUGCUGAACUUGGAGGCAAAGCUUGAGCGUCAGGACGAAAUAGUUGAAAACGGAGGAUAUUAUGAAUCAGCCAUGGGAGUUGCAGCCAAUGGAUCCUCUAAUAACUUAUAUGCUCUUCGGCUGUACCAAAACCACCAACCUCAUCUUAUUCUUCAGCACGGCACUAAUGAUCUGCGCCUUGCUUGAUAUGGUGGUUCUCUGAGGACACAUUGUCCAUAAUUUUAGAUUAUAUUUAGUCUACAGCUCUUUUAUCAGUAUAUAUGUGUGUGUGUUGGAAAGUUGAAUAAUUUAUCGUCUGCUGGCGACUGGAAGUAGCGAGAUUUUCAGUGUGCCUUGUGUCAUUCUCAUUCUAAGAUAAGUGAAAGUGUGUUGUAUUUUGAUGUAAAAUAUAAACUUGCAUGUACCUUGACUUGGUUGUAUUGUAUUGGCAUCUUAUGAACCUUUUAUAUUUACUCUA